AUGAAAUCAGAACAUUGGCAUACACUACAUAUCAAUCAAGGUAUUGCAUCUUUUGCUCAAGAACGUAUUUUUCUUGAUGAACAAAUGCGUUUUUCUAACAAAAUUGCUAUCUACAAUGAACUGACUGCUUUAAAAAUUAUUCAAGGUUCAAUAUCAAUAGAUCGUCUAUUAGAAGCCAUUGGAUAUAUUUUAAAUAAACAUAAAAUAUUACGUACAUUUCUCACUUUCAACAAUGAUAAUGGUAUUCUUGAACAACAUAUUGAUAAUAAACAUCGUAUAUUUCAACUUGUUCCGAAUCAAACAUUUAAAAAUGAAAAUGAACUUCAAGAUAUUCUCUAUCAAGCAAUUAUUAAUCCUAAUUUAUUUGAUUUAUCCACUGGUCUUGUUUUUCAUUGUGAAGUACUUCGACAAGAAAUCAUAUCUAAUAACAAUGAUACUAACAAUAGAUUCAUUACAGAUUCCGAUAUUCUUCUUAUAGCAUUUCAUCAUGCUGCAACAGAUCGAUCAGCUUAUCAACUUUUUCUAAAUGAUCUUUGUUUUGCUUAUAAUACAAAUGUGAAAUGGACAGAAUUGAAAGACUAUGAUUUUGAACAUCGAUUAUCAUUAUCGACUGAUCAACAUUGUUUAUGUAAUGAUCAACGAUCUGGUAUUGCUUCAAUUGCUCAGAUUUCUUUUGAUAAAAAUAUUUCAAAAUCAUUUGUUAAUUAUGUUUCUACACAUCAAACUAUUCCAUUUCAAUUAGGUAUGGCAUUAUUUUAUAUUUUCCUAUUCAAAUUAACUCAAGAUCAAAAUGAUUUAUGUAUUUCUUGUCAUAAUGCGAAUCGAUAUAAAACUGAAUUACAAAAUAUAAUGGGAAUGUUUAUUUCAACAUUACCAUAUCCUAUGAAACUUGAUUCUAAUAGGUCAUUUAAUGAACUUGUUAAACAAGUACAAGAUAAAUGUAUAUCAAUUCUUGAACAUUCUCAUUAUCCAUUACAAAAUAUUCUAACUGAUAUUCAUGCUGAUCAAUAUAAUGUUUCUUUUCUUCAAACAGUAUUUGAUUUUAUUACUCGAUCUCCUGAUAUUGAUCAAUUAUCUUUCGAUGAUGUCAAUGUAAAACCAAUUGAAUUAAAACAAUCCAUUGAAAUUGCUAAAUUUGAUUUUAUGUUAACAUUUAUUUACAAUCCAAUGUCAAAUGAUGAUAUGUUAUCUUGUCGUAUUGUUUGUUCACAUGAUCUAUUCGAAGAUAUGACAGUUACAAAAAUUGCUCGACGAUUUCAAUAUCUCAUUGAACGAUUAUUUUCAAUGGAUUUUAAUAUUAAUCAAACUAAUAUUCUUGUUUCACCUAUUACUAAACUUAGUCUUAUUUCACCUGAAGAAGUUUAUGAAAUGGAACGAAUAGUUUUUUUUCGACAACCAGAUACUAUGAAUGAAGGUAAAUAUAUGUCUUUAAUAUCACCAGCAUUAUAUGCUCAAGCACGUAUUUGGCUUGAUGAACGAAUUCGUUUUGAUUCAAAAAAUCCUCAAGUUGCUAUAUAUAAUAUGCCUUUUCUUCAUCGACUUUCAUCAGGUGGUACUCUAUCAAUAUCUAAACUUCGUCAAGCUUUACAACAUGUUCUUAUAAAACAUUCUGCUCUUCGUACAUCACUCUAUUUCGAUACAAAUAAAAAUAUAUUAAUGCAAAAGAUUAUUGAUCAUACUGAUAAUAAAGAAUUAUUUACAUUUAUUGAAGGUACUUUCGAAACAGAUGAAGAUCUCAAUAAAAUUAUGCAUAGUGAACGUGGGAAUCCAAAUAAUUUUAAUCUAUUAAUUGGUAUUGUUUGUCGAUGUCAUGUUGUUUAUUAUAAAAACAUUUCUCAAAAAGGAAUAAUUUGUGAAAAAGAUGCCCUUAUCUUUAAUUUUCAUCAUACUUCAUUUGAUUUUUCAUCGAUAAAAAUGUUUCGUCAAGAUCUUGAUCAAGUAUAUACAAUGGGUUACUUGGCAAAUGAUGAUAAUAUAACUUUACGUUAUCUUGGUUAUGCCGUGGCUAAACAACAAAUACCUAUGACAGUUGUCAAUGCUUUUUGGCUUGAUGCUCUUCAUGAUUGUGAAAUAGAUCGACCUUUACAAUUAUCAUUUGAUCGACAUCGUGUUUCCGAUGAAUAUCGUACAGGUCGUGGAAUAUCAAUUUCAUUUCAAUUUGACAACGAUCUUUCAAAAGCAUUUCUAACUUAUGCUUCAACAUAUAAUAUUAAACUUGAAUAUUUAGCACUUGCUUCUUAUUAUACAUUCUUAUUUAAAUUAGCCAAUACUGAAAAUGAUAUAUGUAUUGUUAUGAAUAAUCAUGGUCGAUCGAAACCUGAAUUAAUGUCAAUUAUUGGAAUGUUGGUUAAUGUACUUCCAAUGCGAUAUCAAAUUAAUUCUAAUCACUCAUUUAAUGAGUUCGUAAAACAUGUACAAACAAUAGCAACACAAACAUUCGAACAUUCUUAUUUUCCUCUUCAACGUAUUCUUGCUCAACAUCCACAUAUAUCUCGUCCUACAAUUCUUGAUGUAUUCUUUGAAUUUGUUUCUUUUCCAACUGAUGAUAAUCAUAAUGAAGUGACAUUAGGAGAUGUUCCUAUUUAUACUAUGCCUUAUUCAAUUCAAAUAAAUACAGGUGAAAUUGCAAAUAAAUUUGAUUUUUCUCUAAGUAUUAUACAUGAUACAAUAACCGAUCAAUUAACAUGUUCAAUCGAGGCAUCUCUUAAUUUAUUCAAUCCAUCAACAACAUAUGAAAUUGAACAAUGA